CGGCUAAACAGGGUGACGGACGGAGAACUACAGAAGAGGGAAAAGGGUUACUGGAGGACAGGGAAAACGGACUGGAUUUAGUUUAACGCUGGUAGGACCGAUACUGACAGUAGGGGAUAGUAAAAGAAGAACUGGCGCCGGCUGAUUGGAGACCCCGGCUGAAGUAGGGAAAGGCGAUUGCAGAAUGCAGACAGUGGUGUUGAGAGAGUGAGGACCAGUGGCGCCAAGCGGCCACUAGAUGGGGGUGUUGGACCGGUUAGCAGGACGUGGCUUGUUUUGCACCGGCUCUCUUUUAACUCCAGAAAGAAGAGAACACGCAUCAACGCAUUUGAAGAGGCCAACACAGGUAGUCAUUUAGACCCGGUCCCGGUCCCGGUCUGGACCCCGACCCCUCCUCAGCUUUCACUGGUUACCUUUCAAGACGUAUUCGGUCCAGCAGAAGAAGAUUCAGAACACGGAUGGGUAUGCCUUCUCUGUUCUAAACCCAUAUGCUUCAGGUUACAGACUGACACAAAGAUAAUUAUGCCCCAUAAUGUCAUACAUAUCAUGAAGUAGCCUGCAUUUAUGACUUUUUAUACUGCGUUGUUAUUUUAUUUGAUGGCGACACCAUUGGUACGUUUUGUUAUUGUUUCUGUGUCCGGGGGAGGGAGUCUGAUUGGCUGAGCUGGUGUCCUCGUGGUCAUGUGAGUGACAAGGUGAUUGACAGCUGACUGAUGAGUGACGCACCACCUGAUCAAUCAUUAGCGGGAAGAAAGAAACAGAAUCCGGGGUUUAAACCUCGUCAACUGUUAGAAUGUUACUUUGGACGAGACAAUUAGUUAUUCAUUAACUCCUUCUUCUUCUAUCAUGUGAUUGUGCGCGUGCACAUCGGGGAGAGUUCCCACAGCAGCGUAGCGCCAAUAAACAGCUUUUGCUCUCUGUCUGUGUUUGUUGAAAAUUGUAUCGGGGUUGGAUAGAAAGUAUUCGGGGAAGCACCGGAAACCCGGGUCACUUAACUCCGGAUUGAAGAGGAAGAAGAGAACACACAUCAACACAUUUGAAGAGGCCAACGCAGCGCAUGAAUGCAUUGCAGCCAAGUGUCUUGGGGGCGGAGCCAGAGUUUAGGGGAGGAGCCAGGGGUUAGGGGAGGAGGGGAGUGGACGUCAUGUUGACGAAACGAAACUGAAGGUUCAGAUCAACCGAAGCAACCGACCUGGGACAGUGCGCUCGUUCAGGAGAAAAAUAAAACGCAUUUUGAAACACGCUGACGGACAGAAACAGCAUCAAGGAAUGGCCUCUGCUAACACCUCCUGGCCUGAAGAGAACUUUUCAUGUUCCAUCUGUCUGGAUGUGUUCAGCAGCCCAGUUUCCACACCAUGUGGACACAACUUUUGCAGAGCCUGUAUUACUAAGUUCUGGGAUGAACAAGUCAAGUACAAAUGUCCCGUUUGCAACGAGCUUUUCAACACAAGACCUGAUUUACGGGUCAAUAUCUUAAUUUCAGAGUUGGUUGAUCGGUUUGGAACGUCCCUACGAGUAAAAGAGCAGCCUUGUGUUGAACCAGCAGAAGUUCCCUGUGAAGUCUGUACUGGGACCCAGCUGAAGGCCGUGAAGUCCUGCCUAGUGUGUCUUACCUCUUACUGCCAAACCCACCUGGAGCCACACCAUAGAGUCGCAGGCCUGAAGAAACAUCGGCUGGUCGAGCCUAUGGACCGUCUGGACGACAGGAUGUGUAAGAAACACGACCGACUUCUGGAGCUCUUCUGCCAGACUGAACAGGUGUGUGUGUGUCAGUUCUGCACAGAGACGGACCACAAGUCCCAUCCUGUUAUACCUCUAAAGGAGGAAUAUGAAGAGAAGACGGCCAAGCUGGGGAAGAUAGAGGCUGAAGUUAAGCAGUUGAUCCAGGAGAGACAAAAAAAUAUUCAGGAUAUUAAAGACACGGUUAAACGCAGCAAAGUAGACGCAAACAGAGAGAUAGCUGAUGGUGUGCAGGUCCUCACUGCUCUGAUGUGCCGCAUUGAAAAGUGCCGGGAUGAUCUCAACCAAAUGGUUAAAGAGAAACUGAAAUCCACAGUGAAACAAGCAGAAGACCUCAUCAAAGGGCUGGAGCAGGAAAUAGAAGAUCUGACCAAUAGAAGCUCAGAGGUGAAGCAGCUCUCACACACUAAAGACCACCUCCACUUCCUCCAGGCCUUCAGAUCCCUGAAGGAUCCUCCACCCACCAGGGACUGGACCACGGUGGAGGUCCGUCCUCCGUCAUACGUAGGGACCUUGAGGAGAUCCCUGGAUCAGCUGGAGGAGACACUGAACAUGGAGAUGAAGAAGCUGCGUGAUGCUGAACUGAAGAGGGUCCGGCAGUAUGAAGUAGAUGUGACUCUGGAUCCUGAUACAGCUUAUCCCUGGCUCAUCCUGUCUGAGGAUGGGAAACAAGUACAUGAUGGAGGUGUGAGGAAGGAACUCCCAGACAACCCUAAGAGAUGUACACAGUGUACAUGUGUUCUCACGAGGCAGAGCUUCUCCUCGGGGAGAUUUUACUUUGAGGUCCAGGUUAAAGACAAGACUGCAUGGUGGUUAGGAGUGGCCAGAGAGUCCAUCGACAGAAAAGGUCGGACAGACUGGACCCCUGAGACGGGUUACUGGACUCUUCACUACUACAACAAGGAUGUGUCGGUAUUUUAUGAUAAACCUGCUGUCUGUGUCCCUCUGAGAGCUGAGCUCCAGAAGGUGGGGGUGUUUGUUGAUUAUGAUGAGGGUCUGGUCUCCUUCUAUGAUGUGGAAGCCAGGGUUCAUCUCUACUCUGCUACUGGCUGCACCUUCAGUGAGCCUCUCUAUCCAAUCCUCGGCCCAGGUCCCCUUGAACAUAAAGGUGACAACACUGCCCCCCUGAUCAUCUCACCUGUCAAUCAAACAGACUAGGAGCUUUGUUUGGUAAUAAAAUAAUCAAACGACCAAAACAACUAAUGUUGUUUCCUGAAUUAGAAUCUCUACUAUGGGAGGUCUGAGAGAACUGUAUUCAUAUCUUACUUUUCACUGUCAUCUAAGGAGUAAUUCAUUAAGCCACUAACACUGUACUAUAAAAAAUAGAACCCAUUAUAACCUAUAAGACUACGCUAUAAUGUUCAAUGUCUUUUAUCUGAAUGUUUUUUUAUAUUUUUAAUUAAUGGAAAAAGAAAUGCAUUAGAUCAGGUGAAACAUUGAUUUUGAUUACAUUAUCAUAAGUUGAUUUAACCAAAUAGUAACAUUUGUUUAUUAUUUUUUGAAUCAUUAGAUUAGAUUAGGCUUUAUUGAUCCUUUUGGGAAGACUCCCUCAAGGAAAUUGAUUGUCCAGUAGCUUACAGAAAGAAACACAAUAUUAAAUUAUAUACCAUAUAAGAAACAAUAAACUCAUGAAUCAUGUUUGAUAACACAAUACAAUGUUUGUAAACUUUUGAGAUUUGAAUAAAAAUGUACUAAAAGUA